AAGAGGCUGGGCUAAGCCAACUUUAGAAUUGAUUUGCCAUCCUUAAUUUUGACUUGAUCAGCCAAGUCAGAACAUAAAUUAUUACAGUUAUAUUUCUUUUUAGAGAAAUUAGUAAAAGAAGGGAAGUUGGUAAUCUAUUUUUAACCGGCUGCUAAAUACCCUCAUUUAUCGGACGGUCAAGAUAUCUCCCAUUCUUGGAUAAAAUAAUAUUAAAGGGUGUCGUCGCAAAAUUCAAUAUAAUAUAACAAGCAUGGUUGGCGUGAGACUUCGGCAGCGGUAGCGGCCGGAGGAGGAGGAGGCGAUGGCUGACGAUCUGAUUGGGCGGCUGUACCGAAUCCGGCAGACGGUGAUGCUGAUGCUGAGAGAUCGGGGGUACCUGGUGGUGGACUUCGAGAUCAACAUGACCAAGAUCGACUUCCUCCACAAGUUCGGCGAGGGCGUCAAGCGGGAGGACCUCCUUAUCAACAAGUCCAAGAAGAACGACCCCGCCGAUCAGAUAUAUGUUUUCUUUCCUAACGAUGAAAAAGUUGGUGUGAAACAAAUAAAGAAAUAUGCCGAAUUGAUGAAGGCAGAGAGUGUUCCUAGAGCAAUAUUAGUUCUUCAGCAGAAUCUGACUCCAUUUGCAACAUCAUACCUUCAAGAAUUGUCUCCAAAAUAUCAUUUGGAGAUCUUCCAGGAAGCUGAGCUCCUGAUCAACAUUAAGGAUCAUGUUCUUGUUCCAGAGCACCAAUUGCUUACAAAUGAGGAAAAGAAGACUUUAUUAGAGCGGUAUACUUUAAAAGAAACUCAGUUUCCAAGGAUUCAAGUUACAGACCCAGUUGCAAGAUACUAUGGUCUCAAACGUGGACAGGUUGUGAAGAUCAUCCGGCCCAGUGAGACUGCAGGCAGAUAUGUCACCUAUCGAUAUAUUGUCUGAGUAUAUGCCAAAGUGCUGCAUCUUGUAGUGUUAUAGCUCAGUGUUGGUUGUCUUUAUUUUAAGAGCCUAUGGGAAUUUGAAGUGCAUUCCCUGUUCAAAGUGUGUUAUCAUUUGCAUCAGCCAUAAUUAACUCAUGGCUGCUAUUUAACUGUAGAUAAUUUCAUAAAUGUAGCUAUAUGUCAGUCCUGAUUGAUAAAGAUAUGAUUAUAUUAUGUAUGGUUAAUAAAGGUCUGUUUGAGCUUGAGAUUUUGUCAAAA